CAAAAUGAGGAACGAGCACAUUAGAGAUUGGGAAGGUGUUGAUGAUCUUAAGCUUUAAAGAAAAAACCGACAUAUAUCAGCUGCUUGAUCACCCGAUGAGUAGCAUUGAAGAUGAGAGCUUCCCUGAAGCAUGGACAAAAUGGAACUGAGUAUUGAAAGAGAAUGUUGCAGUUUAUGGUAUUACUAUUAAUCAAGAGAUACAAGAGGACAAGAGUAAUACAGGAAUUGAUGAGCGCAAGAUGUUGAAAAACUCCAAAACAAUUUCCUCAAAUCAAAAUUCUCCUGCUUAAACCAUCAUCACAUAAAAUAAUUUAUUUUUAUCUAUUUAUUGAGAGUUGAGAGAGAGAAAAGGGCAGUUGGUUUUCGUAACUAAACCAAAAAUAGCGGGCAGGAGUGGUUCGUAUCCGUUAACUAUAUUCCCCAAAACCAUGAUAGCUAACACCAACAUUCUUCAUCUCUACCCAAAACCCUCACCUCACUCUCUGCUCCUCCGCCCCACUCCGCCUCCCAUCAAUACCCGCCGCUCCUCGCUCUCCGUCAAAUGCCAAGCCGUCGGCGAACAGCCCGAUUCAAACGCCGUCUAUCCAGGUGUCUACGGCCCGUGGAAAGUCGAAUCUUCCGACGUUCAGGAAGUGGUUCUCUACAGAUCGGGGCUGGUCGCUGCUGCCUCCUCCUCUGUGGCUGCAUCGGCGGCGGCGUUCCUGCACAGCAGUAAUUCGGAAUUGUCUGAGUUGAUCGCGAGGAAUUUAGACUUGUUUUACGGCGUAGGAGCUUGUGGAUUGGGACUGUCGCUCUACUUGAUUCACAUAUAUGUUACGGAGAUCAAGCGCACGCUCCAGGCGCUGUGGGCGAUCGGUACUCUUGGUUCGUUAGCAACGUACGCCGCCUUGGCUCAGCCGGCGGGGAAGAGUUUGGUGGAGUACGUCGUUGAGAAUCCGACGGCUGUGUGGUUUGUUGGUCCCCUGUUUGCGGCUCUGACUGGUCUCGUCUUCAAGGAAGGACUUUGCUAUGGCAAGUUGGAAGCUGGUAUAUUGACAUUUAUCAUUCCAUCUGUUCUGCUUGGGCAUCUGACUGGUUUGAUGGAUGAUGGAACAAAACUCACUCUGCUGGGCGUGUGGAUGGCGCUCUUUGUGGUUUUCGCGGGAAGAAAGUUCACUCAGCCUAUCAAGGACGAUAUUGGAGAUAAAUCAGUCUUCAUUUUCAAUGCGUUGCCCGAAGAGGAGAAGGAAGCUCUGAUCAGAAGGCUCAAGGAGCAGGACAAUCAGCUGAAUCUCGAUUAGGUAGGCAACUAAUAUUUUGUCAAAUAGGAAACUGCACUAUGUUUGAAACACAAUUUAGAUUAAACAUAUUAUCUGAGACUAUAAAUCCAGUUGAUGUAUGUUUUGCA